AUGAUAUGCUGUAUUCACGAAAGGAUACGAGAAGCAACUGCCAAUCUAUUUACGUCACCAUUUCUCAACUGUUGUGUGGCGCUGGCAUUUUACGUUCUGGCAGUGACUCUGCUGAAGAUGGCUUUUGGUCUCAUUUUAAUGCUGCUCACUAGCUCUUCCAUCGUCCGUACUGAAGCGUCAGCCAAAACCGGAGUUAAGAACUAUACUAUUUUUGCUAGUCUGGGCGAGAUGGUCGAAUUCCCUUCAUGGAAUAUAUCACAGUACAGACAGACUGACUAUUUCAUCCUGACGAGUUCGGAGUACCGAGUAAGAAUACAAAAACUAAGCUCCGACGGCUCGACGCAGUCCUGCAUCGAGGAAGCAGAGUGGUAUAAAAGAUGUCGGGCAUGGGUAAACAUGACUUACCUCGGUAACGACAUGGCCGGUGUUAAGAUAAUUGUCGGGAACGAGUCAAUGGGUGGGGUAUUCAGGGUGUAUCUCUAUUGCACUGGUGGUUCCGGGACCUGCAGCUCGGAUCCGUUAAUGGAAGUUCACCUUGUCAUCAGAGAUAAAGCCUUCAAAACGAACGCGAGCGCAAGUGUUGUAGGCCCCACACAGAAAACAAAGAACACUAGAGCUCAGCUGAAUAGAGGAAGAGAGGCGAAAUCAUCAGUCCCAUAUUCACCCACUAUCCCGACUACCCAGGGCUUACAACUACCGGAAUCGAGGUCUAAGAAAAACAGGAAUGGAGGGUUGAGCCGUAAAACAGGAGUCUCUGCUCUUCUCCAAGCCGUCCUUCUGUUUGUGAUGGCGGUACUUAUCUAAUCUCGCUCGAAGAAUACCGAGACAUGAAAUCAUGUAUUUGACGUAGUGCGUCCUCAUUUGAAAGGAUCUUGAUAGAAAAAACUGUUUUCAUCUCUUCAUUAUGAUAUUUGACGUUACUUAAACUUGAAAGUUUCUAAAAGACACAGCAAUUUUAAAGGUAAAGAAAUUAUGAAAACUUAUUUUCUUAAGCUACUAUAAACGGUAUUUAAAAGGAAAAAUUUUGAGAAACAAUUAUGAUGUAAUUAACUAAUGUGAGAUUUCAAGCAUGAUGAUAAGCUUUGAAAAAAUUUUAGAAUUAGGAAUCAAGAAAUUGAUCUCUUUUUUAAAAUAAUUUUGUUAGUGCCGUCUCUCCUGCUAAGCUAGUUGAUGUCAUUUUAAGUGUAAAGUUAUUGAAUGAAACAGUAGUUGGUAAAAACGGAUUUCCACGACAUAUUUAGAUUAAUUAGCUGCUGUUACAAACUAGAAAUAUUAAAUCGGUUUAAACGCU